AUGUCUCAUUUAUUUCGUCUGCCGCGGGAGCUGCGCGAUAUCAUUUACGGAUACUACGUCACCGUCGAUGGCGGGUUCCUAUGCGACACCGACGCUUUCGUCGCCGGUCGGCUCAAGAGGAUUGAUGGACAGCCCUUCAACACAGCCUUGAUAUAUACCUGCAAGACUAUCGCUGAGGAGAUGGACCGCGGAGGCCUCGCGAUGCGCCUCAACGCCAUCUCCUUCACGACUCUCUAUUCGCCGGACCUCAGCAUCCUCGCCAAAGCUUUCCAGCAAUCGAUGAACGACGGUCUGCAGCCCCUACGGGAUGCGAUGCUCAAAUGCGUUGGCUACCAUCUCACGGAGAGUUCAAUCUUGCAGCUGAAGGGGGACUACCCUUAUCUCGCGCCCGUGCUGGACCGUCUCAAGUCCGAAGAGCCCCCAGCGCGCCUUGGGCAUGAACGGAGUUACCGGACCUACAGGCGCAACGGGCCGUACGGCGAGGUCCCCUCAACCUAUCGGGAGUUUGUCAAAGAUGCGCUGCGCUUAGCGGCAGAUGAACCCGAAGCCUCACGUGCGAUACGUGACUUCGUGCCCGCGAAGAUUACGGGAGCCUACCGCGCGGACGGGCCUUGGACUCAUUUCGAAAUUGUCAACGCCCGCUCGGAAGCGUGGGAUAUUCCAUCCACACACGAGAUAAAUGAGUUGAUAUCUCUCACAACGGAUGAGACAACCGUCUCUUUUGACUCAGCUGAAUCCGACCCUGUCAAAUACCGCUUCUCCGCCGCCGCCGCCGCCAUUUACUUCCUGAAAUCCAUCCCUUGUACCCUCCGCCCUCACCUCCGCAAAAUCAUACUCCUGGAAGAUGCCAAGUGCGUCUCCUACCCAGAGUCUCAUGCUAGAGGACUCAUUCCGUUCUGCCAGGACAAUCCAUUGCUCCGUGUAGAACGCCGCGUCAAGCUGUGGACGAACGUAUUCCUCACGGGCAUCACGUACGAUGCAUACCUUGAAUGGCAACGCGCUCAACAGACGGGCCAACACGAAACGGGCGCCCUGUACUCGGACCAGAUGACCGCGACCCUGGCGCCCUGGAUUGUGGAGGCCUCUGCGCUUGUUGAAGCUGGUAUGCCCCCUGCUUCGUUUUCCAUGCUCCUAGACAGUGGCGGGGCACCGGAGCUGUGUAGUCAGAUAUUCCAGUCCGUCUUGCACCGCGACAUAGCAUGGCAACAGGCCUGGAUUGAAAGUGCAAAGAAUGGUGCUUUGCCUCUUUCAUGGUUUGCUCUGAGAGGCGAGCUCGUGGUGAAUUCGUUUAGGGAAAGGGACCAUGUCUUCCAUACGGGUCAAACUAGGGCAACUCAGGGCUUUCAGGAAUAUUGGGGAUACUUCUUCGAGCAGCUCCCCCAAGCCGUCAUGGCAAUGGUCGAAGGGAAUUCGACUAUUCGUUGCGACUUUGAUGUCGGAACCCCAUUGGAUUUCCAGCCCAUCGUCAACCAACACAAGCAUUGGGGAGAGGGAAGAUGGAUUCAGGAAUGGUCCACUCAUUCCCCAGAAAUUUGGCAAACUGUGCCGCCACUCCCUGACUGGAAAACGAUCGUCAAAGAGAAUUUAGUGCUGCCAUCAAGAGCGCACUGGGACGACCCAAGAUACUACAUGUAA